AUUAUCAUCGAUGUCAUCAUUCAUUUUCGCGUGCGUUUCGCGAUGUUGUCUAAAUUUAUAGUGUUUUCUACCAUACAAUAUAAAUUAUCAUUAAAAUGUCGUUUGUGGUAACACCGCCUCAACACCCAUUGUGUAACUGCAACUAUCAUGAAUCUUACGAUUUCAACACUUUAAGAAGACAGUGGUCUGAAUUGUCGAAAAAUUUUCCAUAUAAUAAGAAAAUGACAGGUGUCUUUGGUUUGGCUCUUUUUGAUGCGUGCAAUGAAAACGCUCACAACUAUCAGUGCAAAUGUAAAGAGCUGUAUCAUCAAUUUACUUCUGAUGGUUGCAAUGGCGGAAAAGUGUGUUCUUGUAAGGCAUGUAAAAUAGUAGGUGGUUGUGAUAUAUGUACACAUUCUGCAGAUGUAAAUAAUCAGAAACGUCUUAUUAGCGAAACAAUGUGUUAUACUUGCCCUUGUGGAAUUUCAAGUCCGAAUAGAUUAGCUUAUGGAUGUCGAGAGGCAGAUUAUACACAUGAUGGAACCAAAUUGAAUAAUAAACGAGAUAAGGAUAUAAAACAUUUAAAGCAUUUAGAGAAGGAUGGAAAUAUUACCAGUGAAUCACCAUCAUCGGUAAGAAGGAAUAGUUCGCCUACAAGAUUUUGUGACGGUAGUAUAUCUCAAGUGUUGGGGUUUAAAGGAAAUGAUCCAAUUUACAAUCUUGAUGAACAUUUAGGUACUGUUUAUACAAAACCAAUGAACAUGAGAAGUAGUAUACCCGCAACACCUGCUUCAUCAUCUCCAACCUCGCUACGAGGAUGUUUACGAGACCGUAGAUGCUCAGCAUGCGGCUGUUCGAAAUGUUCGCCAUGUUCGACAUAUGUACCAUGUUCAACUUGUACAUCUUGUAAUACUUGUGGAUAUAGACCUUGUAAUGGAUGCACUCCUUGUGGAAAAUGUCCAACUUAUCACGGAAACGGCAUGUGCCCUCCUUGCGUUCCUUGUCAACGAUUAAAUAUUGCAGAUAGGAUACAAAAAAUUUCAGAACAUAAUGAUGAGAGUUUAGCAGAAAGCGUAAUAGAAGCUAUACCUGAAAUUGUUCCAGUAAAAACACCAAAACAUCAUGAUACACCAAAACAUCAUGAACCACAAAAGCAUCAUGAUACAUCGUCAGAACAUCAUGACACACAUAGGCAUCAUGAUACAUCGUCAGAACGUCAUGAAACAUCAUCGGAACAUUAUGAGACUAAACAUAAAAUUGUGGCUAAUCCGGUAGAUAAAAUAAUUAAUAAUCCGUCUGAUAAAACAUCAACUAAAACGGUCUCAAAGGCAUCAGAUAGACAUUCUAAUAAAGUAUCCGAAAAAAUAGAAAAAUUUUCUUUAGACAACGAAAUAUACGACAGGCAAAGUAGCUCGUCAGUGAAAAGUUACGAUGCUAUAUCCAGCAAAUCAGAACAAGAUUCAACACGUUCGAAUCAUCAUCAUCAUAAAUGUACAUGUAAAUGCAUGAGAACGCUUUGUUCAUUAUUUACGUUCUUAAUCAUUUUAGCUUCCAUAUUUUUAAUGUGGUCAUAUACGCACCAAACAUGGCCUUUUAAACCGAAAUGUUCUUAUAGGUACCACUUAUACGCACCAAUUAAACCAUAUAAGCGAUAAAAUUGUUUCAUUGUUGUUGAAAUGUAAAUUUAUGUUAUAAUAACACUAUCGAAUAUUUUUAUAAGUUGUGCAAAUAUGUUCCAGCAAUUGAAAUUUAAAUCAAACGGCAUUAAUUCGA